CGCCAAUAGGAAUCACGGAGUAUGAGAAACCGGCGGUACUGAUCGAGACGGACAAGAAGUCGAUGACUUCCGACAUGAAGACGUUUGAUGUGGCGCAGGCGGGCGAGCCAGAUUCAGACAUCCCCCCACCUCCGCCCGCGCCCAAGACGCCCUACUCCCCGGAGCAUGCUCUCGACGAUAUCCCGGGCGUGCGAUACGCCCUAGACCUUUUCCUUGCGUCCCACAUGUUGGAGUCAGAGAAGUACUGCGACGAGUGUGACCCCAAGAAGGAGCGGCUAUACUUCACCACAGGUUACGGCUUGAUUCAGUGCCUCAAGGGCCUCAUGUCCUUCGAGAACGAGGACCUGCUGACCGCCCUCGGUCACGCAAAGCAUGGCAAUGCGGUGGCAGCACAUCAUCGUAAGAAGUCGGUCUCUAUGGCCACCAGGCUGGCAGGGCUCGUAGUCUCCUCGCUGCACACUUCCGGCGUGGGCUAUUACAAGAGUAUGACUCCGGUCGAGCGACAUGCCGAGCUAGUCUAUGCUGAAAGUCUCUUCGAGAAGGCAAUUCUGGGUAUCGUCUAUUCCGGAGAUUGGCUGUCCUUUAUCAAAGAAGCGCUGAACAUGCGCACUCUCAUCAACAUCUAUCGAAACCUAGGAAAGUACCUCGAGGCCGUCGACGCCGAAGCCCAAGCAAGAGGCGAGGGCCCGGAAGACGCCUCCAUCGACGCUGACUUCAGAUCCGGCGUCUACCUGGGCGUGGGCAUGUCCAAUCUCAUCCUCAGCAUGAUGCCGGGCCGGCUACUCACCAUCGUCGAGAUGUUCGGGUACAAGGGCGAUCGUCAAGCCGGGCUGGACUACUUGAUGCGCGCGGGCGGUUGGACGAAGGCGUCGUCGGAACCCGGCGUGCCGAAAGAGAAGGAAGGCGUGCGCCGUAGUAUCUGCGACGCCGCUCUCCUCAUCUUCCAUCUCGUCCUGUCUAGUUUUACCUUUGAGGGCGUGGACAUCGAGAUGGCGCAGAAGAUCCUCGACUGGAAUCUCAAGCGCUAUCCAAAUGGUAUCCUCUUUCUGUUCGGCGCUGGCAGGCUCAACCUAUGCCGCAGUCGGCCCCAGAAAGCACUGGACUACUACAAGAAAGCGAUGCAGGCGCAAAGCCAGUACUAUAAUCUGCAUCAGAUCUCGUACUGGGAAAUGGCCGUCGCGAAUCUCUGCCUCUGGGAUAUCCCCACCUCGCUUGAACACUGGCGAACAAUGCUGAAAUCGUCAACGUGGUCCAAGGCUUGCUAUACCUACGGGGUAGCCGUCUGCCUGCUCCAGCUCGGCGGUGAAGAGAACAAGAAGGAAGCCGCCAGUCUCCUGGACAAGGUCCCCAGCCUCCGCCAACGUAUCGCCGGUAAAUCGAUACCACUCGAGAAAUUCGUGGAGCGCAAGGCACGCAAAUUCAAAUCCCAAGGUGGACGCCUACUCCUCCCAGCCCUGGAGUUCGGCUACGUGUUUCUCUGUAUUGCGCAUGCCCCGCGGUCGGUGCUUGUCACGAAGAUGCUUCCAAUGGUACAAGAAAGCCUGCGCACGCUCGAUUCGCGCAGGGAGAAUCAGUCGAAAUACGGCAGCGGAUACUGGGACGACUACUGUCUCGCCCGUUUUCUCCAGGGGGUUUGCUUACGCUACGUAGCGCACCCUGACCCAGAUGCGAUCGUAGAAGACGAAGGCCCGACAGACAUAACACCAGCAGAGGCCGAGAAACAGUCCCGGGACGCCUUCGCUGCCGUGUUUGCAAACGGCCAGAAGAUCGAGUACGAUCACUGGCUGGUAUACUACUCACAUUAUGAACUCGGGCGGCUAAUGCUAUGCGCUGGGGACAAAGCCGGCGCUCGAACUCAGUUCGAGCUGGUCCUGUCGGGCAAGCCGUUGGAGGUGAACGCAGGUGGCAAGAAGGGCAAGUACAGCAUGGAGAGCAAUCUCCACGUCCGCGCAAAUGCUGCUCUCGAUGCCGUCGAAAAACGUUCUAAAUUGUAGCUUCUCGCUCAGUGUAGCAGUCUUGUAUUCUUCAUUUCCGCACCCUUGCAUGUAUCACACUAUUUAUCAUCGCUUAUAUAUUACGGGAUAUACAUGUUGUACAACUCCUUUGCUUUUAAUAACAUGUGAUGCUAUGCGAUUAAAUAGUAUAUUCUCCAUAGCCAGCCAGCCGAUCCGGAGAGGCGUUUCGCCCGUAUGGACUCAUCCGCUAGAUCCUUGGGAUCCUCCUUAUAUUCGUCGAUCCUCAGAUUCACCGUUUCCGUGUCCACAAUGUCGAAAAAUCUACCGAUUCUGCCCUUACUAUCCGACUGUUCCCCAGUGAGUGCGACUGUCGACUCAUUGAGCUGAGGAACUCGUCGUCCC